GAUCGUUGCUGCUGUAUUGUCCGCUAUUCGCCUCGGAAACAGGCAGGCGGGAGCGAGCGCCGUAAUCAUUUAUCUGGACUCGAGCUGACUGCACCGGAGCAGUAGAAGGAAGCAGAAGCGCAAGCAUCGGCCAAAGCAUGUUACGCUUUGUGAGUGUGUUGGGCGCGAUAGCCCUGUGCUCUAUUGGAUACGUUGAGGCUGGUGGUCACGGAUGGCAUCACCACCACCACGGUUGGUACGAGCCAAAGUUGACCGUCGUUGUGAAGAAGGUGCACAAGCCAUACCCCGUGCCGCACCCCGUGCCCGUACCCCACAUCAUUCACGUGCCCAAGAAGGUGCCCGUGUAUAAGUCCGUGCCUGUGCCCAAACCAGUGCCUGUUCCACACAUCGUGCAUCAGUACUAUCCCGUUCACAAAGUUGUGCACAUCCCCAAGGAAGUUCCGGUGCCCGUGAAGGUGCCCGUCAAGAAGCCCUACCCCGUUCCUCACAUUGUGAAGAUCCCCAAGCCCUACAUUGUGCACGUACCGAAGCCCUACAUCGUGCAUAAGCCAGUGCCCGUUCCCGUCGAAGUCAAGGUACCCAGACCCUACCCCGUCCACAUUCACAAGCACGUCCCCGUGCCAGUCACCAAGCACAUCCCUGUCGAGGUGCCCGUCGUUAAGGAGCAUCCCGUUGUUAUCAAGAAACCCGUCCCUAUCGUCCUGGAAUCCAAGGGAUGGCACAAGAAGGCUUCGGCUGCCGCCUCCGCCGCAAAGGCUUGAAGAUAAGGAAGUGUCAGAGUUUUAACUUCGCGUUGUCGUAUUCCACGUCGUCCACCUAUCAGCUGGUCCGCUUCGUGUACGCUUGCGCUGAGCGCGUCUUCUGUAGAUACUUCCAAAGAAGCCGCCCGUCUAUCUGGGCGGCGUGUAAAUAGACUAACUGAUCACGAUGAUGAUGGUGAUGAUGAAUAUAGUCCCGUCUUUGUAUAUACAGUGCAAUGUGUUGUCGCCGAUAUCGACAAUAAAUGUGUGCAUAGCAAAAAAAAUAACAAUAA